AUGCCCAGUAGCCCCUUGCCAGUCUUUGUCCUAGACAAGAAUAAUGCAAGGAUAGUAAUAGAACAGAAAAUAAAAGAAGGAAGCACUGUUGGGAGCGAGCCAGGCGCAGCCCUUGUCAUGCCGGUGGACUUGCAUGGCUUCUGGGACAUGGUCUUCAUGCAGGUUGAUGCCGCCAUGGCUUUUUGGAUAAGGCGGCCUGCUGCGUCGUCACAGUCGUCUGUG